CUUAUUCUAUAAAUACCUAGCGUAUAUUCAACUAUUUGCAAUACAACACAUUUAGAAAUAUAUAGCAAAAGAUAUGAUGAAGUUGUACUCUCUUUGUGUUUUUGUGUUUGCUCUCUUUCUUGUCAUCUCAGCCUUCGCCGCUGAUACAUCUCAAGAUGAGAACAAGGAAUUUGUAAAUUCCGAAGCCAACCAAAGGACAGUGGAACCGGAAGGCUACGGCUAUGGAUCUGGCGGGAAUGGCGGGUAUGGCUACGGUUGGGGCGGAAAAGGUGGACGCGGUGGUGGGGGAGGACGUGGCGGUGGAGGUGGUGGUUGGGGCGGCGGCGGCGGCGGCGGCGGAUGUAAGUAUGGUUGUUGUGGACACGGAUAUGGAGGGGGGUGCAAGUACUGUUGCCACAACGCUGAAGAAGCAGCAUCUUACCUGAAGAUGAUUCAAGAAGCCCAGCCUUGAGCACUAUAUUCCUAGGGUUAUGUUUCUCAAAUACGUAGUACAAUAUUUAGAAUAAACUGUGUUGUUGCAUGUAAGCUACAACCCUUGUAGCUCUAAUAGGAAUAUUCAGAAUAACACGGAGUAAUAAUAAUAAUGGUUUACAUGCUUAUUGCUUAAGUUUUAAUCGAUAUGUACGUUACGUUGUGCAGGGGCGGAUCCAGGAAUGAGGGGUGGGGUGGGCUAAGCAAUAAAAAUUUUCG